AUGAGCGCUUCAGGAUCAACCUCUGGUAGUUGUCUCUGUGGUCAAAUUACUGUUACUAUUCCACAAGAGGCACUCAACCGAACGGAAGCGAUUGCUCAAUGUCGUUGUAAGAAUUGUCGCCAAACAGGUGGUACAACAGCCUCACUGGUUGCUAUUGUUCCAGAACAGUAUAUUAAAAUUCGAGGUCAGCCACAAAUCUAUAACGACAGCAAUACAGCUAGUGGCAAUAUUAUACAACGUGCAUUCUGCGGAAAUUGUGGAUCGCCAAUCUAUACACAGUCGCCGACUACACCAGGAAUGAAAGUUGUCAAACUCGGUCUCUUCGAUCAACUUCCAAAACCAGGUCUGGAACUCUUCUGUAAAGAUCGUCCACAAUGGCAAAAAGGAAUUGAUGGCGUCAAAGAAUUUCAAACUGUACCAAAGUAG